AUGCUAGACCAGAACGGCAACAAGCGUAGCCCAAGCCCUGCACUUGAGAAGGUACUAGCACAGUACUUCCCCCACAUCAUCGAUGACUAUACUGAUCUCCAAUCUCAGGCCAAUGGUAGUAGGAGCCGUGUAUGGGACGCCUCAGGACGAGGCUUUCCGGUUUCGUGUGUCCUUAAUCAGCCCACGGACUACGGUCCCCCAACCAUCCCAGAACUCGAUACGACCUACUUCAGGUUCCUAGGUGUUGAAACAAACACCGACGUUUCCCUAUUACGAGACUUGACAUCCGAGGACUCAGACGACAGUGAGUAUGGCCACGAGCAGGAAUGUUCUCCUCAGGGUGGAGCCUGUGAAGCUGGCAGCCACAACCCUGGUCAAGAGGGACAAUAUGACUCUGCUAGGCCAUCUCUCGCCACAGCUAAUGUUGCCCUGAACGCUCUGCAGCUGCACUCCCAUGACCAGGCACAGUUUGGGAUAUCUUUGUAUCUUCAUAUUCCACUAAAUGUGACCAUUAACAUAGAACUAGAUGCUGGUCGACAAGUAAAGAAGAGUCAGGCUAGCGACCACGCACAUGUAUCCAGCUCUGUCCAUAAUGAUGGGUGCGUGUACCGUGAUUCUGCCCAGAUUAGCCUACGUCCAGGCCUUAUUGUUGGCCCUGAAUUCAGUAGACCAGGUACUAUUGGCCCUGACAGCCAGGUGCCGAGGCGUCAGAGCGAUCUGGAUCAGCCCUUUGUACUCGGGCCCAACGCGGCCAUGCUUGAAGAACACAGUGAUGAGUCGACUGCUGCCCACACCGCUUACUACGGACACAACAUCCCGACCCUAGAGGCUCGCUGCCCAGAUGGCAGAUUCCGUUGCCGGGUCUGCGUUUAUACUAGCGGACGUCUUCAAGCCCUUCAGCGCCAUAUCGGUACCCGUACAGACAACGUCAGGUUCAGCUGCCCCCAUUGCGGGAAACGCUUCGUCCGCCAGGACCUUAUGCGUAUCCAUUCCAGAAAAUGCAGCUCUAACGACACACGCAUGGGGCCUCCCGACAAUGCCCCUGGCCCGCGUCGUGGUCCCCGUGGGUCUGACGGCGACUCUGGUACUGGCGCCUCUAUGAGUAAGACUGCUAAGGCUAAGGCUGCGAGACGGAGGCUUGAACGCAGUGGUGGGAAGCUUGGGGCAAAAAAGGGCUGCGAAGGCCUAAUAAGUCCAGAUUUGAGGGAUCAGUAA